AUGACGCCGCGGGGAGUCGCGCCGAGGACGUCCGUCGUGGGCACCGAGCCGCGCGCCGCGCGGACGUGCGGCGAGGCGUCCACGUCCUACCCGCGCGCCGCGUCGAUGCGGGGACGCGCGCGUCACGCCCGCGGCGCUCGGGGCGGCACACGCGAGAUUAGCAUUCCCGCCAUCUCCGCCAGCGGCGACGCGCGCGAGGAGGAGCGCGCGGACGACGACGGCACCCCCGACGGCACCCCCGACGGCACCCGCCGAUCACUCCUCGCGUCCGUCGCGCUGCUCCUCGCGCGGUCGUCCCCCGCGCUCGCGUCGCCGUCGAUCCCCGCCAGGCCGUCGCCCCCCGCGCUCGCCGCGUCGCUUCCCGCGCAGCUCGUCGACGCGCUGGCGCCUGCCACCGAACCCGGCCGCGUGGCGGACGCGCUGCGUCUGCCGAUGACCCUCGACGGCGGCACGUACGUGGUCCGGUACGCCAUCGGCGACACGACGUGCCGCGGCGUCGUCGACACCGGCUCGCCCUUCCUCACCAUGGAGGGUCGAUGCACCGACUACUGGGGAUGCCUCAAAGAGAGCGACGCGCGCCCCAGCGGGUACGGCGACACGUACGAGAUAUACGGCCUGCAGGAGGACGGCGUGACGAGGUGGGUACUGGGAGACGCGCGGUUCGACGGCGAGGUCGUGGACGUAACGGUCGACGAAACGGUCGGUCCCCCAGUCGGUCCCCCGGCCGGUUGGUCCGAGACGAGUAACAACGCGAAUACGUCAAUGAGCGGGAAUAAGCUCGCGACGAAGCAGCGGUUCACUUUUCCGGAGGUGCUCUUCGGCGUGACGUCCGAGGUGACCGCGAAGGAGGGCAGCAGCGGUUCCCCCGCGUCGUACGCUCCGUUCGUGGGACUCGUGAAGGAGCGCGCCGGGGAUUGGAUCCGACCGACGUUUUUGGGGCAGACGGACGUCACGUCGUUCUCGUUGGAUUUCACGACGGACACGCUGGUGCUGUCGCGACGGGAGCAGAUCCCGCGGGAGUUACGCGCCGGGACGAUGUCGAUGGUGGACCUGAGGCCGCUCGGGUCGCCGGUGUUUCACUACGCCGUGGAGGUGGAGGAGCUGUGGAUCAACGGCUCGAGGCACAAAACCGACGUACCGAUAUACGUGGUGUUCGACAGCGGGACGACGGGGAUGCUGGUGGACCGGGAUUUGUUCUACAACAGCGAUCUCGCGUUGGGGACGUUCGAGUGUCACAUGAAGAUGCGAGGCGAGGACGGGUCGCGGGUUCAGAUCGGAUCGAGCCUGCGGACGUGCACGUCGCGAUGUCUGUUUUUGACGUUGCCCAUCGACGUGCCGUGGGACGGGGUGCGUCGGGGCGAGGCCCACGUCAUCUUCGCGGGUUUGGCGUUCAUGUUCAACCAGGGUUCGCUCACGGUGGACGCGGACGCGCGGAGGGUACGGCUCGGCGGCGGUUUCAAGGGCGCGGCUUUCCUGUGA